AUGGCUUCGACGGUGAUUGUUGGAGGCGGCAUAAUCGGCAUCGCCACAGCCUUUUACUUAUCCGAGCAUCAACCAGGUUACACGAUCCACCUUGUCGAGUCAUCUGCUCAACUAUUCGCUUCAGCGUCAGGGUACGCGGGUGGCUUUCUCGCUAGGAACUGGUUUCAUAAAGAUCUUGCCUCUUUAGGAGCACUUAGCUUUGACGAGCAUGAAAGGCUGGCCGAAGAGCACGAUGGGCGCGAGAAGUGGCUGUACGCCAAGUCUGUUACUGUGAACUACGAGCUACCGAGAAGGAAGCCCAAAGGGUUCGGAGGGAAGGACUGGUUAAGCGAAGGUGGAAGCCGUGCGGAUUUAGUAGAAGAGAGAGGUGAAGUGAAGGAUAGGAAUAGUCCACCUUGGCUCAAGCGUGUGAAUGGCGAUGUUCUUAGUUUGGUUGACAAUGGUGAAGGCACAGCCGUUCUUGACCCCCUAAAACUCUGCCAGUUCCUUCUUGAACGGUGCGCUGACUGCCACGACGAGCUGUCCUACCAGGAUACUUGUAUGUGCUGGGGCAUGGACACCGAGUGUCUUGGAGUCUAUGUUUCCAGGGUCACAUGUCAACAUACCAGUCGUGAGCCUUGCAGGUCACUCACUCGUGGUUAA